UGCACCUCCCUCGGCGCUCUGCCUCCCGUGACUCUGAGUUGGUGACCUCGCCUAACUCACUGAGUCACUUGCUCCCAAUAACUUCUCUCUCGUCGUUUCCUCUCCUAACCCUAACUUCCCCCUUCUAUUUCUACAAUCCAAUUUCCUUUUUCUUUUCUUUUAGAUUUUUAAAAUGGUGGCUCAGUCUCUGCCCUCCUUGGACACUUCCGUCCCAUCGCCGGAAAGCCCAAACAAAAGAGUCAAGAUCCAGUUAGAGGAAGGUUCCUCGCCCAAGGACGCCGUUUCCGGACAAAGGAGAGCUAGCGCCAGACUUCAAGUUGCAAAACAAAAAACUGGCAAGGAGCUUUUGUUAAAGCGGGGAGCGGACCUUCUGAACAAAAAUGGAGCAAGUUGCAUAAAAAGGGUCAAUAAGAAUACGGAAAACCCAAACCUAAAUUUAAAUGGUACCAAACAGCUUCUUCAGAUUUCAUCAUGUCAUACUGAACCUAAAGUGAGCUCCGAAAACCUUAACCAAGAUCAAAAUGGUACCCAUCAACAACUUCCUCGGGUUGAACCCAAGAUGACUGUGAAAGUAGCCAAAAUGGUCCAACGAGCUGCCAAAAUUGCUGAGGGACUAGAUUCUAUUCGUGCUAUCAAUGCUCCAAAUGUUUUUGAGAAGAGUGCACAUAUUAAGGUGAAAGAGACUUUGAGGUUUUUCAACAAGCAUUACCUCCACUUUGUUCAGGAAGAGGAAAUGAGGUGUGCUGCAGUCAAAGGUAGCAAGAAACCAUCGAAGGGCAAAAAUUCCCAAGAUGUACCUGAUGCUGAUGUCAAGGGCAAAGCCAAGCGACCUGACCUGAAAGCAAUAACAAAGAUGAUAGAGAACAAUGAGGUGCUUUGUCUCGAGAAAAUGAUAGGCUGCCUUCCAGGCAUUGAUGUUGGUCAUCGGUUUUAUUCUCGUGCCGAAAUGGUUGUUGUUGGUUUUCAUAGUCAUUGGUUGAACGGUAUUGAUUAUAUGGGACAGUCCUACAGGAAAGGGGAGUAUGAAAACUACACAUUCCCACUUGCAGUAGCUAUAGUUUUGUCGGGCAUGUACGAGGAUGACUUAGAUAAUGCUGAAGAUGUUAUCUAUACUGGACAGGGAGGACAUGACCUGACUGGUAAUAAGCGUCAAAUUCGAGAUCAAGUUUUAGAACGUGGUAAUCUGGCGCUUAAGAACUGUGUGGACCUUGGGGUGCCUGUCAGAGUAAUUCGCGGUCAUGAAUAUGCUAGCAGUUACACUGGGAAAGUGUAUACAUAUGAUGGCUUGUACAAGGUUGUUCAGUACUGGGCAGAGAAGGGUAUUUCUGGGUUCACAGUUUUUAAAUAUCGAUUGAGGCGGCUAGAAGGACAGCCAAUAUUAACAACUAAUCAGGUUCAAUUUACAUAUGGGCGUGUUCCCAAGUCUUCUUCUGAAAUUCGUGGGUUGGUGUGCGAGGACAUAAGUGGUGGUCAAGAGGAUGUUCCUAUUCCAGCUACUAAUUUGGUUGAUGAUCCACCUGUUGCACCAACAGGCUACACUUAUUGCAAGUCAAUGAAACUUGCAUGCAAUAUAAAGCUCCCCGCUAAUGCUGCUGGAUGCAGUUGCAAGGGAGCUUGCUGGGAUCCCAAGACUUGUGAAUGUGCUAGACUUAAUGGUUCUGAUUUUCCUUAUGUGCAGCGUGAUGGUGGCAGAUUAAUUGAAGCCCGACAUGUUGUUUUUGAAUGUGGUCCAAAUUGUGGCUGUGGUCCAAGUUGUGUAAAUCGAACAUCCCAGAGAGGAUUGAGAUACCGAUUGGAGGUUUUCCGUACUCCAAAGAGAGGAUGGGCUGUUAGGUCUUGGGAUUUUAUACCGGCUGGUGCCCCAGUUUGUGAAUAUAUUGGAGAACUCAUGAGGACAGAAGAGCUUGAUAGUGUCUCUGAGAAUAAUUACAUUUUUGAAAUUGAUUGCUUGCAAACUAUGAGAGGGCUUGGCGGCAGAGAGAGGCGGCAGCAGGAUGGAUCUUUUCCAGUGAUCCAAAAUGAGGAUGAAAUUGAUGACCAGAGAUCAGAGAAUGUGCCAGAGUUCUGCAUUGAUGCUGGUUCUAUUGGAAAUAUUGCAAGAUUUAUCAAUCAUAGCUGUGAGCCUAACCUCUUUAUCCAGUGUGUCCUGAGUUCACAUCAGGAUGUUAAACUAGCUCGAGUGAUGCUCUUUGCAGCAGACAACAUCCCUCCUUUGCAGGAGCUUACUUAUGACUAUGGGUAUGCCCUUGAUAGCGUUUAUGGUCCUGAUGGGAAGGUAAAAAGGAUGGCAUGCUACUGUGGAGCAGAAGGUUGCAGGAAGCGGUUAUUCUAAGUGCUGAAAUUGAUCCUGUUUGUAUGUAUGUAUGUAUCUGCAUUCUUUACUGAUUCUUUUUGUCUCACUUGCAAACUGGUAGGGGCAAUGUCUAUAGGCUUCCCUAUGUUUUGGGUCCAAUGGUGACCGGUUAGGCGCUGCUAGAUGUUUUGGUGACAAUUUUUUGUUGCAAGUGUAGAAAUCUUGUCUCAGUCCCCUCGCAAACCCUGUACAAGAAAUGCACU